CACUACUGAAGCACAAGGCAUGCAUCCACUGCACAGGCACUUAGAAGAAUCUUUAAACAAUGGCGGUGGCAGGAGAAGGCGACGAUAUUUCUAAAGCCAAAGGUGAUCGAGCUAUGCCAGGAUCCGAGUGGGAACUACGCAUGGAUAAUACGUUGCUCAUGGCAUUGAAAAAAGGGGACGCGAGAACCGUCGAAAGGUUCUUCUCGCGCGCAGCGGUACUCUCUUCCGAAGUCGCAGAUCACGCCUUGGCCAUCAAUCUUCCCGAUGCAGAUAAUAAUAUCGUUGCCGACGGUGAGGCAGGACGCAGGACUUGGCGAGGAGUGACCGAAGGCAGAAAAACUGCCCUCCAUGUCGUGGCUACUUUCGGGCACUUUGAACUCGCGAAGCUGAUCUGCACAAGAGACAGCUCCUUCUUGAGGGCGCGCAAUGUGGCCGGCGAGACGCCGCUGCACUGCGCUGCGAGGGCCGGGGCAGACCAGAUUGUGUCCCUCUUCAUUUCCGUAGCAAGGCAGCAGGAGGACAGGAGCUGGUUGGAGGCGGUGCUGCGCGCCACAGACCGGGAAGGGAAGACUGCACUACAAGCGGCGGCUGAAGAAGGCCAUGCGGCUGCGGCGAGAGUCUUGAUGUCGGCGGAUCCUGGGCUGGCGGCUAUAGACGACGGUAAUGGCGUGUCUCCACUUUAUGCCGCCGUGCUGUCGGGUUCGCUCGAAGCUGUUCAGAUCUUGAUAGAAUCAGAAUCCCCUGCCGAGGGAGGACAACAAGAUGGGACGACAUCCGCCAGCCGCGUCGCACCAGAGGCAUCCUACGCCGGACCGAAUGGCCAGACUGCCCUGCAUGCAGCCGCCCUCCGACACCCAGAAAUCGCAAAUAAACUAUUGGACUGGAAACCAACACUUGUGGAGAAAGUUGAUGACUCAGGGAGCACUUUUCUUCACUAUUUAGCAGCAACUCCGCUGGAGGAUGCGGUGCGACAACUACUGGAGCGCGACACUUCUACUGCCUAUCUCUCAGAUUGUAAUGGAUUUUUUCCUAUACAUGUUGCUGCUAGCAUGGGUAGACGUGCGGUAGCCAUUGUGCUUAUUACCCAUUGCAAUGAUAUGGACGAGUUAGUGGACAAAGAAGGAAGGAAUUUUCUUCAUAUUGCUGUACAGUUCGACGAACCGGCGAUCGUCGAGUUUGUUUCUCGGCAACCACUGCUCGCGAAAAUGAUGAAUGGGAGGGAUUAUAAAGGGAAUACGCCGCUACAUCUCGCUGUAAAAUUCAAGAACCAAAAGAUAGUGAGUCUUCUGUUGGGAAACAGAAGGGUGCACCACAGUAUCAUCAACAAGGAUGGUCUAGCGCCUAUAGAUCUUGCAAUAACCCAGCGGGAGCAAGGCUUAGCUGGAGCGCAGGGCCCGGAAGAUUGGAUUAUUCAAUGCUUACAAAGGACCGGAGCCGUGUUCGGCCCUCGACGACUGGACCCCUUGAUCAAUCAAAAGGCCAAUGAACCUGAUCUAAAGAAAGAACUGAAGAAAUACGAGAGUACGACUCAAAACCUAAUAAUUGUCUCGGCACUCAUUGCUACCGUGACAUUCGCUGCAGCUUUCACCAUGCCGGGGGGUUACAGAGCCGACGACCACCAAAACGGCGGCACACCGACUCUGACAAGAAAAUAUGCCUUCGCGGCUUUCAUAAUCUCAGAUGUCUUAGCAUUUCUUUGCUCCAUUAUAGCUACCACUUGGCUUAUGCUUGCUGGCUCACUUGCUACAGAUCCUUCUCGCCGCGUAAAUCUCAUUCUGCGCUCUGGACCCUUGAUACUCAUAGCGGUGCAGAGCAUGAUCGCGGCAUUUGCAUUGUCCGUGUAUGUGGUGCUGGCCCCGGUCAGUAUUGUGAUCGCCGUUGUUGUCUGCGUAUUGGCUUGCCCUUCGCUUUUGUUAUCCGAUACAGAAUUAUGGCAGCGUCUUCAUCUGGAAAGGACAGUAAAGAGCAGACUAGGAUGGUCAGCAAUGAACAGAACCCGGGCCAUCUUCCGAGCAGUGGCAGCUUAUUUGGUAGUAUAUGUUGUCAUCGUUGUGUUAUCGCUGUUUUAUUUCGUCAAGCAUUAGUGCGCAUUUGACAUAAGAUUGUGGAGUGAUGCCGUUUGCAGUCUCAAAAGUGAGUGUACUCUUAAUCACUAAAAAGGGACAAUUUUUUUUUUUUAACACUCUCUCUAUCAACCUUUGUUUUUUUAAUAUUAAAAAAAUAGAAAGGAUUGUCUAAACUGUAAGAAAAAUUUUAAAGUAUUAUAGUUGUUUUGUCUGUC